UUUUUAUUUAUAAACAUUGGCAGUGGUGUCACAUAGUCACAUAUUAUAUACUCCCCAAUCUGGCAACACUGUGACUGCGAUAUAUAGUCACUUUUGUGCGGGAAUAUUCAAAAGGAAAUUUAUUUAAAUCAAAUUUCAUUUUAUAAAAAAAUCUUCAUUACUUUUGACUCAAUAAUAAAAUAACAAUUGAAGCGAUUCUCUACGCGCUUAGGUUAUAAAAUAUUUGGCAACGCUUUCAUCGGAUGCGGUAUUAUGCAAUGCAACACAAACAAGUGUGACAGGUGGGAUAGCGACUCAAAUAAUCAACUGCUGAAGUGGCACUUGCAGUGGCAUGCAGAUGGAAAGACGAGACAUAACCUACACACACUGACACUGCUGUCAAAUGUUUGAUACUAUUUUUAUGAAAACAGAAUGUAAAUAAAUGUUGCUGCUUUCAAUUAACUUUUCAAAAUUUUGACUACCAUUGUUUGAAGUGAAAUACUUGAAAAAUGGACAAGGAAAAGCUGUCAGCAGCUAGAAAAAGACUUAAAGAAUUUCAACGUAAUAGGAAAGGACAAACUCAGAAAAAUGCCAAAGAAAUCACUGAUCAGCAAAAUCAAAACUAUGAGAGGAAAACGUCUUUGGAUAGUAGUUCACCUGACACUCAUCAUAAUGCAAGUAGUGAAGUGGAAACAAGAAACAUGAGCGAAUGCCCUACUUCAAGUAAUGAAGAACUUUUUCAUCAUUCACAUAUAAAUCAACAACAAGAACACCCAUCGGUAAAUGGUAUAACAGAAAAUAUGUCAUCACACAAUAACUUCAUAGUAGGUGAUAGUAGUAAUAAUGGCAACUCUAUCAUAUCUUCUGAAGCUCCAAUUGAAAUUAUAAAUCAAAACAAUAAAACCAUUAAUACAUCUAGUUCACUUCAAAAAGAACACCUUUUGCAAAUGGCAAAUGCAGUUGCUGAUGUAUUAGUCGAUGAGCAAAGCUUAGAUGAAACAGCACUCAAUAACUGUGAUUUGGAACAAAGAAAUCAAUUUCUAACUUGCUGUUUAGAAGAACAAAAAAAAAUUAUCAAUGAGCUAAAUAUGCAAAUUGGUCAGAGUAAUAGCCGAUUAUCAGAAUUAGAAGCAAUUGUCAGUACUAAAAAUGCUGAAUUUGAAAGCAGACUUAUAAGAGAAGUGAACCCUUUAAAAGAGCAAGUACAAUUGGAUGCUCAAACUAUUGGUAUUCUUGUUGGGGAAAAAGCUGAACUAACUGCUAUCAAUUCUCAAUGUCAAGCAACAAUCAAGCAAAAAACAGAGGAGGUAGUUGAAUUGACUGGUAAAUUGAAAACUUCACAUCAGCGUGUGACAGAAUUGGAAAGAGAACUGACAACCUUAAAAAAUACCAUGCAAGAAUUUGCACAGUCUUAUCAAAAUCUACAAAAAAAUUAUGAAGAACUUGAAGCAAAAUCAAACAAACUGAUGAAGGAUAAUGAAGACUUUGAACUAGAAACAUCAGAAUUACGUCAAAAACUCAAUUAUAAAAAUACUGAAGUAACAACUUUGAAUCAGGAAUUACAAGAGAAAAUAGCACUGUUAUCUUUGAGUGAGCUUAGAAUGCAACAGUUAUCAAACUCGCCACAAGAAAUGAAUUCACUAGAAACGCAGCAUCAUGCAACCAAAAUGCUUGAGCAACAGUUGUCUCAGAUGAAGGAAGCACUUGAAAAUGUAAAUGGAGAAAAAGAUGAAGUCAGCAAAAAGUAUCAAAGUUAUGUACAACAGUUGGAUGAACAACAUAAUAAACUCUUAGCAGAGCUAGAGUCAUCUAAAAAAACUAUUGCUGAUUCCGAAAUUCGGGAGCAAAGUUAUAUACAAAGAUUGUCUGAAUUAGAACAACAGCUUCAAAGAGAAAAAACCAAAUCGGUGCCUGAAAUAGAAGACCAAUCUGAAAAAAUAGAAAUGUUGACUAAAAGUAUGGAUAAUCUGGUUUUGGAGCAAGAAAAUUUCCAAUCAUUAUUGAAUGAAAAGGAUAACGAAAUAGAAUCUCUCAGAAGAGAAUUAAAAGAGCUUCAAGAUAUUAGAGAGCAAAGUGUGGAAGCAUCUAAAUUGGCCAAGGCUCUACAAGGUGAGCAGCUUGGCGCUUCUCGCGCUGUAUCACAAAAUCAGCAACUAAAGACUCAACUCGAUGAAAUGCACGAUGCUUUUAUUGCUCUCAGCAAUACAAAACUCGAUUUAACGGAACAAUUACAAGCCGAACGUACAAUUGGCAAAAAAUUGAAUGCCCAACUUAACAUCGUUGAACAACAAUUAGACGAAUUAAAAGAGGAGUUGGACAAAAAAGAGGCUGCCCUGGUUGAGUUUGAAAAAGAGAAGCUGCAUGCAGCACAAAUAGAAGAUCAAAUUCAACAUUAUCAAGCUCAAUCACACAGUGCUAAUACACUACAGGAAGAGCUUCGAAAAGCUUUGAUUACGGUUGACAAUUUGAAAAAGGAAAAUCAACUGUUGCAAUCAAAGCUUAAUCCAAUCUCGCAAAAUGUCAUUAAGCCAGAUGCAAUAGGAGCUGAUGAUACUACUGAUAGAACUGCUAUCAACUGUAAUAGUGAAGACAAGCCUCAAGACGGUACCACCACUAUUAUGGAUGGCGAUACUUCAAAAGCACUAACUGUGAUAUCCGAAAAUAAUGCUAUAGUCAAUAUUCCAGAAGCGUUUGAAAAACUUGAAAGUCGAUUUAAAGAAACAAUGGAGAAACUCGCUGAGGUUACAGAUGAAAAACAAAGACUUGAACACCUUGUUUUACAAUUGCAAGGAGAAACGGAAACAAUAGGGGAGUACGUCACUUUGUAUCAGAAACAGCGUGCAAUUCUUCAAGAGAAAGCCAAAGAGAAAGAAAAAACGUUUCAACAAUUAUUAGAGCAGCGUAAUCAACUACAGGAGCAAUUGCAUAAAUUAAAAUUACUUGUGGCUGGUUUAUUGAAAUCUAAAAAUUCCAACACAGUCGUAUCAACGGCAACUAUAGCUGAAGAGGGUAUGAUACUCUCCGAUAAUAUAGAAAACGAGAGUAAUGGCGAGGUAUUGACGCAUGAAAAAGAUCAAACUACUUCUCAGAUCCUAGAUCUUUUGACGGAAAUUAAAGACUGCAGCGAUGUAUGUAUUACGGAACCAAAUUUUCAUCCAUGCCCAUGGUGUUCUGGUAAACUAAUAACUGUCUAGCGACCAGCAAAAAUCAAGUGCUAUACUAACAUUUAUAUCAACUUUGUUAUUAAAUGUAUUAUAAGAAUCUUGUAUGAAAACGCCAGAAGUAUUGUAAUAAUUGUAUAUAGGCGCAGAAAAUUUAAACUUUUCCCGUUUUCUUGUUUUAUAAUUUACUUCAUUUUUGAGUGUAUAAUAUUGCAUUUCUGCACGAUUGAUAAAUGUAACAGCAAAUGCAUAAGAACCUUAUUAUGAAACGAAUAUUCUCGAUAUAUACAUAUAUGUAGUUGAAAACUAUAA